AGCAUUCGACCGUUGCGUGAUCUUUCCGUGCGCUGCCGUCAGUAUCGGUGUUCUGUGGAAGAGUUCGGUUUAUUUUCGGAAGUCUCGCGAAAAUCGGCUAGAUUUAUAGAGAUUUUUUGUGUUGUUGCGUGUCUGUGAUCUAAGUGCUUUACACGGCUCAAGCAUGGAGGGGCAAAAGAUGAAUCCUGAAGCUGUUUCGCAUUUAGAGCACAUCUGCUCGCUUGAUAUUGACUCGAAGACGCCGUUUGUGCGUCUGUCGGGAAUUAUCUGCACGAUUGGACCCGCUUCGGUGUCGCCCGAAAUGCUGGAGAAAAUGAUGGCCACGGGAAUGAACAUUGCUCGGCUGAACUUUUCUCAUGGCUCCCACGAAUACCACGCUAACACGAUCAAAAACAUUCGCGAAGCGGUCGAAAACUACUCCAAGAAGCUGGGAAAACCAUUCCCGCUAGCCAUUGCUCUUGAUACCAAGGGACCGGAAAUCCGUACCGGACUAAUCGAAGGAAGCGGUACCGGCGAGGUUGAGCUGAAAAAGGGAGAUAAAAUUCAGCUCACUACGGAUAAGGAACACCUGGAGAAGGGCAGCAAGGAGAAGAUCUACGUCGAUUACGUGAACAUCGUGAAAGUGGUUAAACCGGGCGACCAUGUGUUCGUCGACGAUGGUUUGAUUUCGCUGGUUGUGGAGAGCAUCUCGGGCGAUACACUGACGUGCAUGGUAGAGAACGGUGGCAUGUUGGGCUCGCGUAAGGGCGUAAAUUUGCCGGGAGUACCGGUUGAUCUGCCAGCCGUGUCAGAAAAGGACAAGUCAGAUCUGGUGUUCGGCGUUGAGCAAGGGGUCGAUGUAAUUUUCGCCUCUUUCAUCCGAAAUGCUGCUGCUCUCAAAGAAAUCCGUGCCAUCCUCGGUGAGAAGGGCAAGCAUAUCAAGAUAAUCUCGAAGAUUGAAAAUCAACAGGGCAUGCAGAACUUGGAUAAGAUCAUCGAAGCCACGGAUGGCAUCAUGGUUGCUCGUGGUGAUCUCGGUAUCGAAAUCCCCGCCGAGAAGGUAUUUUUGGCACAGAAGUCGAUGAUUGCGCGAUGCAACAGAGCCGGAAAGCCAGUCAUCUGCGCCACGCAGAUGCUGGAAUCGAUGAUCAAGAAGCCACGUCCGACACGUGCUGAAAUCUCAGACGUUGCCAACGCCAUCAUCGACGGUGCCGAUUGUGUGAUGCUGUCGGGUGAGACGGCCAAGGGCGAGUAUCCAUUAGAGUGCGUCCUUACGAUGGCCAAAACUUGCAAGGAAGCGGAAGCCGCUUUGUGGCAUCGCAAUCUCUUUAAGGAUCUGGUCGACACGACGCCGACACCCCUUGAUACUGCUGCCUCUAUCGCAAUCGCGGGUUCUGAGGCCGCGAUUAAGAGCCGUGCAGCGGCUAUUAUCGUGAUCACCACCUCGGGACGCUCUGCUCACUUGAUUUCCAAGUACAGACCGCGCUGCCCGAUCAUUGCCGUGACACGCUUUGCACAAACGGCCAGGCAGUGCCAUCUUUACAGGGGAAUUUUGCCUGUUAUCUACGAACAACCACCAAUGGAAGACUGGCUGAAGGAUGUCGAUGUCCGCGUUCAGUAUGGUAUUGAAUUUGGCAAGGAACGCGGGUUCUUGAAACCAGGAAAUCCCAUCGUUGUUGUUACUGGCUGGAAGCAAGGCUCUGGAUUCACCAACACCAUCCGCGUGAUCAAUGUUGAGUAAAUAAAAACAAUAAUCUAAGCGUAACACCAGCGGCGCCACAUGGGGGUGUGAUAAAAUCUUCGGAGAAGACCCUCCUUGAGUCAUCAACGGACCACUAUAACAGUGUCUCUUCUGGAUACUGAUAGGUGCAAAGCAACGAUCAAACAGACGUCUUGAGCUAAUCAAGAUCAUCCCACCUCUCUAGCAGUUCCGCGUAUGCGCUCCGUUAAUUUAUUGUAACCUAUCGCAUCAAGGCUAAAUUAUUUCUCACAUUCUAUACACGCAUGCUAGGCCUCCGUGAGCUAGUUUUAUCGAUGUAUCAGCGCUAGCGUGUAUAAGCACUCUCAACUCAUUGGCGAUGGUUUAUGAAAUCUUUUCGCUAAGUGAGUUGAAAUAGGAUAAAGGAAAAAUUAUUUCGAGAGUUGCUAUGGAACUGGUAGGGUUGGUACUAGCAAGGGACAUCCAGAAACACCGUGUGAUGCACUAACAAAAGCGCAUAUUAACAAUUAUCGUACAGCAAUGCUGUUGAUUACUAGUUAACUGGUUAAUAAAGUGAAAAUGGCGAAUAAACGUUACAACACUAAAA